UACAACAACCAAAAAGAAAAAAAGAAUUAGAGUUAUUGUAAGACCCAGCUAUGCAACAAAACAAAAUCAAGUGGUGUUCCUUCGUUGCCAAAAAAUAAAAAAAAAAAUUAAAAAAAAAUAAAGGUGGUGUUCUCCCUCCGCCUCCUCUCAACCUUCGAGCAUUACUACUUAUCCAAAUGCGGAAUAUUUAAUUCCAAUAAAUCAUUAAUCAUACAACCCCAUAUACGAUUACAAUGACCAAUGUGCCCCAUUUCGACUUCUCAUACCAAUUUAACGUUUUUCCCUCCCCUGUCAAAUUGUCAAUUCUUCUUCUGCAACAAGAGAGAGAAAAAAAUCUACCACUUCCUUUAUUUUCUCUCCUCAAUCUCUCAUGAACUUCUCCAUUCUUCUACAAUUACAAUGCCUCUCUCUAACAAUAAUUCUUCAUUUUCGAGCUCAUUGACGGUGGGGGAGCGGCUGUGUGCGGUGCUACUUCCGUUCAUCGCAAUCGCUGAGGCGCUCGCUGCCGCCGUAUCUCAUUGCUUUGAAUUGGAUCCUCCUCAUCUAAAAAAUAAGAAGAAUACGAGGCAAAAUCAUACCGAUUUUUCGCUCCUUGCUGAUGAAUCUCGAUUUACGGUGAAUGAGAUUGAGGCAUUGUUUGAGUUGUUCAAAAAACUGAGUAGUUCAAUAAUUGACGACGGCCUAAUUCACAAGGAGGAACUUCAACUAGCACUUUUCAGAAGUCCGCUUGGCGAAAAUCUUUUUGUGGACCGGGUUUUUGAUCUGUUUGAUGAAAAAAAGAACGGUGUCAUUGAGUUUGAAGAAUUUAUUCACGCGUUGAGUGUAUUUCAUCCCUAUGCGCCUAUUGAAGAUAAAAUUACUUUUGCGUUUAGGCUGUAUGAUUUGAGACAAACUGGAUUUAUUGAACGUGAGGAAGUUAAGCAAAUGGUGAUAGCCAUUUUAUCGGAAUCAGGGUUGGAUUUGUCAGAUGAUCUUCUGGAGGCUAUCAUUGACAAGACUUUUGCUGAUGCCGAUGCUGACAAAGAUGGUAAAAUUUGCAAGGAAGAGUGGAAAGCUUAUGCUCUUCGUAAUCCCAGCCUCUUGAGGAACAUGACUCUUCCUUAUCUCAAGGAUGUAACCACGUGUUUUCCGAGUUUUAUUUUUAACACUGAAGUUGAAGAAUGAGUGAUAUUUCUUCACGGGAAACGAUAGACAAAGCAAAAAGAUUUUCCAGAAAACCAGGCCAUUCAAUGUGUUGCCUGAGGUGGGAAAAUUCAAUGGGUAAGUUCCCGGUGUUCGGCAGUUGGCUACUUGACUGUACACGUAUGGUUCUGAUAGUCACCAUGACAACUGACGAGAUCCCUGCUCUAUGGACCCGGGCAUUGGCGGACCUUUUAUGCGGUAGUUAAUGGAGGUAAUGAUAAUAUAUUUAUAUUAUUAUAUAUGAUUUUGGAAAGAGAGUCUCAUGUCAAUGUCCAGUCCACCCGAAAAUAUUUUUGUUCAUAAAUUUCCAUCUAUCAUUUAUUCUCACUAUUAAGGUGGUGCUUAGUUAUAAUGGAAAUUCAUGAAGAAAAUACAUGUUGAUGGAAGCCAGUGGCAUGGGAACUUCCCUUACAAAUUCACAUAUAAAUUCAUUAUCAUUACCACCGAUUAUUAUUGCAUACCAAACACCCGUUAGUGCGGGUGGGUAGCAAACUUAAACCUGUAAAUUCUUAGAUUGAAACCUGUGAAGUGUCCUGUUUUAUUGGGGUUGCCUUUAAAUAUCAGGCAAUUCUACUUGUCCAAUAUGGAAUAGGUGCUUUGCUACGAUUUGUUAGCUAGCUUCUAUACUCAUAUCAUAUUGUCAUGUACCCUCCUCAUUGUGAGUAACUGUAAUUAUUCUCGAGGGAAGUUAAUGGAAUAAAGAUGUAAACAUUUUGAUGCGAGGAAAGAUAGUUUUAAUCCCUCUA